CUGGGCAGUAGAGGAGCAUCGUGCACCAACUGCAGGGAAGGAUCUAUUACACAGGAAAAAAAAAAAUAAAAAAAAUAGCACCGAGUUUGCCAGACUGCAGCUUGAAAGGAGCUGAGAGGACGGAGAACAGUUUCAUCUGAAGCCACUGCGCUGAGGAGGCUCUCAAGAUGUGGAAAAAGUCAAAGGUGACCGAUCAGACUGCCUCCGGGCAGGAGGGCAUCAGGAAGAAGUCCAAAGUGCCCGGGGUCAUGAUAACACAGUUCAUGGAGGAUCUCCCAGAGGGGAUGACAGCACCAGAUUUUACCCGUAAACCCAUUGCUCUGACUAUACAGGAGGGUAAAGUAGCAGUUUUCAAAGCCAAAAUUGUGGGCACUCCAACACCAACCGUCACAUGGGAAAGGGCAAACGGAGAAAUGAAUUUCUAUCCAGAAAUCUGUAUGCAAAAGUACGACACGGCCACUCAAGAGCACACCCUCGAGUUUCCCAAAGUGGCUGCGGAGGAUGCCGACACGUACAAGUGCUUUGCUACAAACGAAUAUGGAAGAGCUGUGUGCACAGCGGUGUUGAAUGUUAUCUCAGUUGGAUUCUCGAAAACUAAGGAGCUACAAAAGGUACAAUCCGAAGAUGGAGUUGACUUCAGAAAAAAACUCAGGAAGCGAAACCAAGACGGAACACGAGAGCAGGAGAAAGUCAUGGAGCCGGAGGAGAAGGUCUGGGAAAUUCUUCUAAGCGCAGAAAAGAAAGACUACGAGCGCAUCUGUGCCGAGUAUGGCGUCACCGACUUCCGCGGCAUGCUGAAGAAACUGAACGAAAUGAAGCGAGAGAGAGAAGAGGAAAUAGCUGAAUUUGUUUCACACAUCAGUACACUGAAACACAUUGAGGUCAACGAUGAUGACUAUGCAACCAUUGAAUUGGACAUGGACCUGAAAGAUCCCUCCAGCAAAUUAUUCUUGUACAAGGAUGGUGUCAUGGUUCCGUUCUCUGAGGAGGAAUCCGAAGGGGUAAAGCACAGCUUAAAGCAAGUCGGCAAAAAGUAUGUUUUCAAAAUCAAGAAGCUUGGCGCCCAAGACGCAGGACUCUACUCUGUGGAUGUUGAAGGCGUCAAUGUGUUUUCCACAGACUUCAAAGUCCCAGAUGUCGACUUUGCAGUCAAAAUCCAAGAGGUCAAAGCAGAGGAGCGGCAGGAUGCGCUCUUUCAGUGUGUUCUGACGUCGCCCAUGAGUGAGCUCAAAUGGUACGGCAAGAGCGCCCCCCUAACCAACAGUGAGAAACAUGAGAUCAGCAUGUCAGAAGACAUGCUGAUCCACAAGUUGAUCAUCCGGGACUGCAAGCCUCUGGAUGGCGGCAUCUACGCAGCAGUGGCUGGAAUCAAGUCUUGCAAUGCCUGGCUCAUUGUUGAAGACCCUGGAGUUCACUUCCACGCUGGACUGUCGGACUGCAAAGCCAUCAUUGGAGAGGAAGCAGAGCUGGUGUGCAAACUGAGCAGCGAAGACUGUCAGGGAGUCUGGUACAAAGACGGAGAGGAGAUUAAAUCAUCGGAGGGCAUUACAAUAACAAAAGACGGUAGCUACCACAAGCUGAAAAUUCACAAGGUCACAGAAGAGUUUGCUGGGAAAUAUAAAUUUGAGGCAGAUGGGCGGAAGACAGAGUCUGUCAUUGCUGUCGAAGAUCCUCCCAGGUUCGGUGCAGAGGACCUGGAAGCUUUCAAAACUCCGGUGACUGUGAAAAAAGGACACAAAGCCACCUUCAAAUUACCUUACGUUGGACGGGAGCCCAUUAAAGUCCAGUGGUACCUUGAAGGCGAGGAACUGUCGGAGGAAGCCAACAUCAAGAUUGAGAACUCAGACGGUUACAGCCGCCUGCUGCUGAUCAAACUCCAGCGCAAGGACAGCGGAGAAAUCAAGCUUAAACUGAAAAAUGAAUUUGGUACCGUUGAGGCCACAAGUGAGCUUGUAGUACUGGAUAAACCCACACCCCCGAUGGGACCGUUGGAAAUUGUUGAGGCUUCUUCCUCUGCCAUCGAGUUCAAGUGGAGACCCCCGAAGGACAGUGGCGGCUGCAAAAUCGGCAACUAUAUCCUGGAAAGGCAGCAAGUGGGUCGUAACACGUGGAAGAAGGUGGGGCCAAUUGGUCCAGAGGCCAAAUUCAGGGAUCUGGAUGUGGACCAUGGCAGGAGGUACUGCUACCGUAUCAGGGUGGAGACUGAAAUGGGCACUAGUGAGCUCAUGGAGACCGAAGACAUUCAAGCAGGAACUAAAGCCUAUCCUGGACCACCAUCUGCUCCAAAGGUUGUCAGCGCCUUCAAGGACUGCAUCACCCUCUCCUGGUCUCCACCAGCCAACACUGGAGGCACAAAUAUUCUGGGAUACAAUCUAGAGAAGCGAAAGAAGGGCAGCAAUCUGUGGGGCCCUGUCAAUCCACACGAUGACAUGAUAAAAGGAAAACAGUACGCCGUCAAAGACGUCGUUGAGGGGAUGGAGUACGAGUUCCGCGCCUCUGCCAUCAAUAACUCUGGAGCUGGGGAAUUCAGUACACCAUCUGAGUUUGUUUUUGCAAAAGACCCCAAAAAGCCUCCUGGAAAAGUCAUCGACUUGAAAGUGACAGAUUCCACCUACACAACUCUGUCCCUGUCAUGGACAAAGCCCAAGGACAUUGAGGGGGUUGAAGAUGAAGCCAAAGGAUAUUAUGUGGAGAUCAGACUCGCCGAGAACACAGAGUGGGAUCGCUGCAAUACCAACGCCAUUACUAUGAAUUCCUACACAGUCAAAGGGAUGAAGUCAAUGGCGAUGUACUGGGUGAGAGUCAUUGCGGUCAACGACGGAGGGGAGGGGGAGCCCCAGGAGCUGGAUAACUACAUCCUCGCCAUGCCUCCCCCUGUGAGACCAAGGUUUACAGAUGCCAAAAUCAAAAGCUUCAUGGUCGUGAGAGCUGGAAAUUCUGCACGAUUUACCAUCAACUUUGAGGCCUCACCUUGGCCUGAUGUUAUCUGGCUGAAAGACGGCGUUCCAGUUUCUAAGAAGGUGACCAUCAGUAAUGCAGAGGGCAACUCGCAACUUCUGAUAGCAUCAGCCGAGCGCACAGACACAGGAAUCUACACCAUUGUUGUCAAGAACAUUGUCGGCCAAGAAUCAUACAGUGUUGAAAUUAGAGUCACAGACGAGCCAAAACCUCCCGGUCCGGUGGAAAUUGACGAAAACGUUUCUGGAACGGUGACCAUUUCCUGGGCGGCAUCCCCGGAUGAGAAACGCGAUGACCGGUUGCACUACAUGGUCACCAAACGGGAUUCAUACAAGAGAACCUGGCACACCGUCGCAGAUCACAUCUUCAAUAAUAAAUUCACAGCCUGCAACAUCAUGCCUGGCAGGGAAUACAACUUCAGGGUCUAUGCUAAGAACGACAUGGGAUCCUCCAAGCCAUCAGAGUCACCGAAGUGGCUGAUAUCGGCCAAAAAAGAAAAGUUUACAGUCAAUGUGCCUGAAACAAAGGCCUGCAACCUGCAGUGCCCCCCGAAGUUCCUUGUCCCUCUGAAAAUGCACACCGCACCUCAAGGAUACGAAUGUUACAUGAGCUGCGCUUUAAAAGGCGACCCCACACCACAUGUGACAUGGCUCCGUGACAACAUCAGUCUGAAUACCAACACCAACUACUUCAUCUCCAACACCUGCGGCGUCUGUUCCAUGCUCAUACUGAGGGUCGGCCCGAAAGACAUGGGGGAAUACAAGGUUGUGGCGGAAAACUCUUUGGGGAGGGUGGAAUGCUCUACGAAGUUGACAGUAAGAGAGUAAAGGGAAAUGAUGACGCUGUGGAAGGUUUCCAGGACUGAAGAAAGACUUCAGAAGAUGGAGACUCAUUUCUAAUUGGUGUACUGUUGCCAUAUUAAACCUCUGCCAAGGAGGUUUUGCUACUCUUUGUCUGUCUGUUAGUAAAAAAAAAACUUGAAAAGCUGUGAACAGAAUGCUAUGAUUUCUCUUUUCUUUAAGGAAAUGCUGAUAAUGGCACUCGGCAGAGAGUCCUAUCCUGCACUCUCUUUGCUACUGCCACCUUCUGUCCCACUUAGCCCAUUUGAAUUUAACCUUUAAGGGCAUCAAUAAUAUUUCAAAUGCUGAAAAGGUAUGAGCUGCUUGAUGGAGGUCUGCACUUUGAGUGAUUUUCUAGUUUUAGUUGUCAACAAUUUUUGAAAGUAUUUAAUAGUAGUGCACUUCUAAUAAAAUUGUGAUUUGUACAACAGGAAAUGAGUUCAGAAUCGCAAACAUAUUGUCUUCUUUAGUUGACCAUGGCUGAACUGCAAAAACUGCAUGUGAUACAAAUAAAC